UCCGCGGUAAACGAUAGUGAACUGAAUUUUAAUCGUGAUAAUAUGCACGUUUAAUUAAAAAAUAACCCUUUUAUUAGUUUCCUUUUAAUCAGUUGAAUAAUGAAUCGAAAAGUUUUGCUGAUUAUCAUUGGGCUGGCGUUUGUAGCUACUGACCAAAUUGUUGGUGCGUUUAACUUCCAGAACCCGCCUUGUAAUUGGAGAAAGCUUCAGAGAAAAUUAAAAGAUAGAGACCUCACAAAACGUUUUUGCAACAUUGUAGAUUUUUGUUAUUUACACGUCCAAGAUUUAGGGAAAGAACAAGGAACGGGUCAUGAAAGAUACCUACAUUGCCGUAUUGCAGCGUGCGAUGCUGUUCUUCAAGAAGACGUCUAUCAACCUCCAUUCAUUUUUAAACAAUACUGCAAGGCGUUACAAGAUUUUGAUUGGAUAUGGUAUGAUGAUUAUAUAAGUAAAUUCUCAGCAGAAUAUAAUCAGCUGGAACACAAACCAUGGUACGAUAAUUUUCCACCUUUGACGAUCGAAGAGAUAAAUAAAUUGUCUUCUAGUGUUUUGAGUGAGCAUCAUUGGGACACACUAUUUUGCAGAAGAGAAGUGCGAUAUUUUUUCAAUGUACCGAACAAACAAGCCAAUCGUAUGUGCUAUCAUCUAGGUACAUGUACGAAACGACGCGAUAAAUACGAGGAUGGAUACAUAGCGAAUCUUCCGAGCAACUUGCGUGCAAUACGUUACGGAGAUUGUCAUCAGGAAGUAUGUUCACGAGGUUUAGCUUAUCCUGAUUAUUAUGGUUUGGAACUAAUGCCAUUCUGCAGGGCUUUUUUGGAAUUCAAAAAGAAUUGGAUUGAUAAAUGGGAUUAA